UGACCGCAGGCCUGGAGGCGCGCGAGGACAGCUAUUUCGCCCGCGGCCUCCGGUAGCGCCGGCUGGGUUUCGCGGGUCGCACCCAGGCUCACCCGGCCAGGGAAAGGGUUGCAUGAGCGGUGGUCCAAAGGGUUGGGGUUGGGGUGCUGGGAGGGCCUCGGGUCCUGGGCGGGGGGUGCGGGGAGGGGGAGGAGGGCCGCGGCGCGGGGGAGCGCAGGGACAUGGCACAGCUGGACGAUGAGGAGGGGGGAGCGGUGGCACCCGGGCACCCGCCCGCGAAUGGAUACCUCCUGGUCCCGGGGGGCGAGCUCCCCGGAAAGCUAAGCGCCGAGCCGCAGAACGGGCUCAAAGCCGGCUGCCUGACCCUGAAUGGAGUGUCUCGGGACAGCCUCGCGGCCGCCGCUCAAACCCUCAGCAGGCCUCAGACUCCGCUGGCUCCAGAGGAGGAGACCCAGACACGGCUGCUGCCCACGGGCCCCGGGGCCGAGGGCUCCCGGGUGCCCCAGACGGCGCUCUCUGCGCGGCGCUUUGUGGUGCUGCUGAUCUUCAGCCUGUACUCGCUGGUGAACGCCUUUCAGUGGAUCCAGUACAGCAUCAUCAGCAAUGUCUUUGAGGGCUUCUAUGGCGUCUCCUCCCUGCACAUCGACUGGCUGUCCAUGGUGUACAUGCUGGCCUACGUGCCCCUCAUCUUUCCGGCCACGUGGCUGCUGGACACCAGAGGCCUGCGGCUCACCGCCCUGCUGGGCUCCGGCCUCAACUGCCUGGGCGCCUGGAUCAAGUGCGCCAGUGUCCAGCAGCAUCUCUUCUGGGUCACCAUGCUGGGCCAGUGCCUCUGCUCCGUGGCCCAGGUGUUCAUCCUCGGCUUGCCCUCCCGCAUCGCCUCGGUGUGGUUUGGGCCCAAGGAGGUAUCCACAGCUUGUGCCACCGCCGUGCUGGGCAAUCAGCUUGGAACUGCUGUUGGCUUUUUGCUACCACCAGUUUUAGUGCCCAACACACAGAAUGACACAGAUCUGCUGGCUUGUAAUAUCAGUACCAUGUUUUAUGGGACAUCAUCCAUCGCCACGUUUUUAUGUCUUUUAACAGUAAUUGCAUUCAAAGAAAAACCUCAGUAUCCACCAAGCCAGGCACAAGCAGUUCUUCAAAAAAGCCCUUGUGCUGAGUACUCCUAUAAGGAAUCAAUAAGGAACCUAUUUAAAAACAUUCCUUUUGUCCUUCUGUUGAUCACUUACGGUAUCAUAACUGGAGCAUUUUACUCAGUCUCAACAUUAUUAAAUCAAAUGAUACUGACAUAUUAUAAGGGAGAAGAAAUCAAUGCUGGAAGGAUUGGGCUAACAUUGGUAGUGGCCGGAAUGGUGGGCUCUAUUCUUUGUGGCUUGUGGCUAGAUCAUACCAAAACAUACAAACAGACUACUCUGAUAGUUUACAUUUUGUCUUUUUUGGGAAUGGUUGUAUUUACUUUCACAUUGGACCUUGGAUACAUUAUCGUCGUGUUUGUUACUGGAGGGAUACUCGGUUUCUUCAUGACCGGUUACCUCCCAUUGGGUUUUGAAUUUGCUGUUGAAAUCACUUACCCUGAAUCUGAAGGUACUUCCUCUGGUCUUCUUAAUGCUUCGGCCCAGAUAUUUGGAAUUUUGUUCACAUUGGCUCAAGGAAAGCUCACAUCAGACUAUGGUCCUAAGGCAGGGAACAUUUUCCUUUGUAUUUGGAUGUUUCUAGGCAUCCUUUUAACAGCAUUAAUCAAGUCUGAUCUCAAAAGACACAACAUAAACAUAGGAAUUACGAACGGUGAUAUUAAAGCUGUACCAGUUGAAGAUAGUCCCACAGAUCAAGAAUCCAAAACCAUGAUGAUGUCCAAGCAGUCAGAAUCGGCAAUUUGAGGCAAAGGAAAAAGUUAACAUCAUGUGAUAGUUGAGCAGUAAGUCUCGAUUUAUAUGUGACAGGAGGUGGAUACUUACUUGAAAAUUAUUAUGUGACCCUGGACUACAAUUACUGUCUUGCUUCAUUGUUAACGUAAAGCAAGAUUUUACUUAAAAUACUUGGGCUCGCCGCCUGUGAACACUACUGUUGAUGUACCGAGCAUCCCACUGUUAAUCUCCUGUCGCUGAUCAGAAAGUAAGCUUCUUGAUGUGUAUUUUCUGAAGGUGUUUUCUUUUUUACGGAAAAUGGAAGGUCAGAGGCUUUCUAAAAUGUUAAUGUGGAGGUCUGGUUCUUUUAAGUCACAUAGAAGUACAUGCCAUGCAGAACCCUGUGUACAUUAUAUUACUCACUGGCUCCCUUUCCAUUAUUCUGACCAACUGUCCAGUCCACGUCAGUGGGCCUACCAACAUGGCACCUCUGAGCCCUCACAGGACAGCACUGGGACGAGACUUCCACAGAAACCUCUAGGAUUUUUCCAGUUUCCUCUGUUCUUGUUAAACAAUGCUUUGUAACAUGUACUGUCAGUGGCCAUCAAAACUGUUCUGUGUUCACGCUGAACCCACGACCUUGGUCUUAGAUUCGUGUUCUAAUUAAGCUAAGGAGCCCAGACACAGGCUCAUUAUCUUGAGUUCUCUGCACUGCCUUCCUGUCAUGGUCUAAAUGCUAAUACUGUUCUUUUCACUCCUACUUGAAAUAAGAGUAAUUUUGUACCCACUACCUUGUUCACUCUCUUUUUUUCAACACAGGCAUACCUCGGGGAUACUGCAGGGUCAGCUCCAGACCAUUCAGAAUAAAGCAAAUAUCACCAUAAGUGAUUGAGAUCAAUCCUUUGGUUUCCCAGUCCUUAUAGAAGUCAUGUUUAUACUAUUCUAUAGUCCAUUAAGUGUGCAGAGGACUGAAAGAACAAUGUAGAGACCUUAAAUGAAAAAAGACCUCUUGCCAAAAAAUGCUAACCCUCAUCUGAGCUCUCCGCAAAUCAUAACCGCCGAUCCCAGAUUACCAUACUAAAUAGAGUAAUAAUGAUAAACUUUGAAAUAUUGCAAGAAUUUCCAAAAUGUGACCCAGACACACGAACAAGCAAAUGCUGUUGGAAAAAUGGCACCAAUGAACUUGCUCGAUGCAGGGUUGCCACAAACCUCCAAUUUGUUUAAAAACAAACAACAACAACAAAAAACCACAGUAUCUAUGAAGGGCAGGAAAUGAAAGCACAAAAAACGAGGUAUGCCUGUGUAUAACUUUCUAGCAGGAAAUGCCAUCGUAUGUGUUGUUGGCUUUUUCAUGAUUUCUCGCAUCGUGCCUAAUACUUUGGCUUGAAGGUUGCAGAGAUAAAUCUAUGGUAACGUAGCCCAGGGGUUCUCAUUUGGUGGAGACCUCUGGAAAUGCUGUCUUCAUGCUGCACUAUCGUGUGUAUGCCUGUUCUCCUUCGAGGAACACUGUGCCCGGGUACGUGCUCUCUCCGUGGGCGGGGGAGUGUAUUUUCUUCACCAGAGUGUACGUAGUCUCCACACUGUCGGAAAAAAGUCUGCUCUGUUACAUGCUCAGGGUAAAGAAAAUAGGACCAAACGUGUUUCUACAGUGCCUACCACUGUGUUUUGUUUACAGUGAGAAUUUAAAUGUUGUUCCUGUCCUGACUCUUUUAAGCUGAUAGGAAAAUAUCUUUACAAUAAUGACAUCUAAGCAGCCAUGAUACUCACAUUAUGUCCACAUCAACCAAAAAAAAGGCCAGUUAGGUAUACCCUUGAAUACUCCUGCUAAUUAGCAAUUAGCAAUUAAUUUGCUAAUUAGCAAUUCUGAUUUGGGCACGCUCUGUGCAUUGCUUUAUACUGAAAUGAUAACAUUCUCUGUAAUCAAACGACAGUAAAUUAUGUAGACUUUUACCCCGGAGAAUAUGUCACCAGGAGAACGUAGCUAGGAAUCAGGAGCUCUGGGUCUGUGACCUGGGUCUGUUUCGAGCUCUCCCUGUCACUCCCUGGCCAGCAUUUUCCUCAUCCAUAAAAUGAAUGAAUGUGUCCACUUUGGCCUCAGAGAUCUUUUUUGAAUCUUAAAUACCAUCUGUCAUGGGGUUGACCAGAUCACUGAACCACAGAACUUGGGUCUAGUGAGAGAAGAAUCUUCCCCUGGAGAAUCCAGUCAGCAGCUGUGGUGGAUACUUGGUGGAUAUGGGGAAUUUAGCGUCUGCGUUUUGCUUUUUCUCUUCA